AGAACUUUGGAGAUGCGAGAAGCGAGAGCCACAUUGCCCCAUCAGUCGUGUCCAGUGCCCGUCAAAGGAAUACGGCGGAAUACAGCCAUCGCAUAUAGGAGUUACGCUGCAACGCCGCGCCACUCAAGGAACAUGAUUCCGCAGCAGCCGAUCAAGCCUUGGUUGGACGCUGAGCGCGCUACACUUUUGGCCAAGGAGAAAUUUGGUAUAACGGCCCACAACGUUACUGAACUAGUCAGCUACGAUGAUCGCAACUUCAAACUGCAGCUGGCUAAGGAUGACCCUCAAUGGGAGAGGUACCCGCAUGGAUUUGUACUCAAGGUCACCAACUGGGUCGAGAGUCAGCAAACAGAAUUUCUCGAGUCGGUGUCGCGGCUUAUGAACGAGGUGAGUGCACAAGUGCCAUGCCAGCUGCCCGUGCUCUCCAAGGAGGGACGCCACUUGGCCACAGAUCGUUUCCCGAUCGGAGGGCCACAAAGUACCUUUGUGAAGGAGUGCGCAAUCCGGCUGUUCACCUUCCUGCCCGGACACACGAUAAGCCGUAGAGAAGUAAACGACCGUACGUGCCUUACCUGGGGUGGUCUCUUAGGAAGAAUCCACCGAGUCAUCAAGGAGCCUGAGCGGUACCCAACGCUGUUGCGUCGCUACACUCCGUGGAGCCUUUGGAGCGUUGCCGAGAUAGAUGGCCUGCUGGACAGCACUGUGAACAGUCCCGAAGACAGGGCACUAGUACGGAGUGUGCUUGCAUCAUUCACCAAACUGGAGCCACAGCUACGUUCUUUGCCGAUGGCCGUUCUGCACGGCGACUUGAACGAGCACAACGUGCUGACGCGCCCGAAGGGCGACAACGAGAAUAACGACGAUGACGAAGUGUAUGCCGUGCUGGACUGGGGCGACGUCCAUGGUGGAGCCCGCGUGAUGGACCUGGCCGUGCUGCUGACGUACGUGCUGAUGGCGCCCUCCUCCGGCCAUCGAUCUCCCGAGGAGAACGCCGGACUCGCACUCGCCGGAUAUCUACAGCACGUGCCCGAUGAGACGGCGACCAUGCCCCUGUUAAAGGCUCUGAUUACGCAGACGCUGGUGGCUUCCCGGCUGUGCCAAUCCGUGGUAAAAGGAUUGGAGGCAUUUCAACAGAAUCCCGACAACAAGUACGUGCUGGAGACGCAGGAGAGUGGGUGGCGCUGCCUGCGCAGGCUUUGGGACACUCCGAACGAGCAGCUGCUGGACACGUGGAAACGCGUCAUCGACGGAACCCGGUGAACAAGAAUCGUGGAGCUAUGUCGGCAUCAAGCAGGCACACCUCGCAUUGAAAGCAGCGCUGCCAUACGCAGUGUGUGAGAAGUCGUAGCUAUGAUACACUCGAUUUCUCCAGUUCAAAGACGUCGCUUGUUUUGUGUAA